AUGGUUCGACACUAUAAACGAAAAACAACCACUAAAUAUGAUCUUGAAACAUUAAAAAAAGCUGUAGAUGAAGUACGAACUGGCAAAAUAAACUCGUAUCAAGCGGCAAGGAAAUACAAUAUACCUCGCACGACUAUAUGUGAUCGAGUGAGUGGAAAAAGAGGUGUUGUAAAAGACACUCGUGGACCACCUACCGUGAUUAACACAGAAAACGAGCUCAAACUAGCAAAUGGUCUGCGAGUUAUGGAGAAGUACGGGUUUGGACUUACGUCUAAGGAAACACUAGAGUUAGUCAGCAUACAUGUGAGUGAAAACAAGUACUUAACCCCGUUUAAAAACAACCAACCUGGAUACGAUUGGUUUGCUUCUUUCAAAAAGAGACACAAUUUGUCCUUAAAAAAGCCACAAGCAGUUGAGAUGUCCAGGAAAGUUGCUUGUGACCCUUUUAUAGUAAACGAGUACUUUGAUAUCCUUGAAGAGGUUUUGAAUGAACUGGGUUUAAAAGGAAGACCAGAAAAAGUUUGGAAUCUUGACGAGUCCAGUUUUGGAAAUGACCCAGAUAAAACAAAAGUUGUUGGCGCCCGUGGAUUUGCCAGUACAAGAACUAUCGCCUCAUCUGGCAAAGAUAACGUCACGAUCUUAUUCACUGCCAGCGCAGUUGGUGAUAAAUUGCCACCAUUAAUUAUCAAUCGUGGAAAAAAUACAUGGGACCAAUGGAUGUCGGAACUAGGUUACGAAAACACAUCUUAUGCUGCUACGAAAAAUGGCUGGAUAGAUUCAAUAGUAUUUGAAAAGUACAUGUUCAAUACAGUGCUGCCGCACUUAGGCGAAGAUCCACCAGCGUUGUUAAUUUUUGAUGGUCAUUCUACUCACAUUCAAUUGCGAAUUUUGGAAGAAGCACAAAAACGCGGAGUGACGAUUAUUAAGUUACCAUCGCAUGCAAGUCAUUUGUUACAGCCGUUAGACUUGUCAGUUUUCAAAUCAAUGAAAAAUACUUGGGACGAAAAACUUGUGCAAUGGCAACGAUUAAAUGUAGGAAAAAGGUUGCCCAAAGAUGAAUUUAGUCGCAUUAUUGGAGAAGUGUGGCGUGAACUGAAUCCCAUUAUUAUCCGGAAUGGCUUCAAAAAAGGAGGUAUAUACCCAUUCAACAGACACGCUGUACCAGAAGACAAAUUUGACCCUGAGUCCCUAAAAAGAUUCAAACAUUUUAAAACAUCCAGAAAAGAAAUUCCCACUUUGAAAGAGCUGACUCUGCAAAAAGUACUCCACACGAUAAACAGUAGCAGCCAGGUUCCUAAAAUGCAAACACAGAUCACACUGAAUGAAAACAAUAAUGUUAAUAUUGAAGGUAACUUGAAUGACAGAAACACACCAAGCACAAAAAAAGAAAACAAAGAUCCACAAUGCAGCAAGGAAGCCCAAUUAUCAGAUGAAAACGAAAAAGCAAAGAGAAAUACUCAUAUCAACUUAUCAAAGAAGAAAAAGACUGGUAAAAAAACUAAAAAAAGGGUCAAAAAACAAAAAAAAUACAUAGGUUACGAAGAAGAAUCUGAAGAUGAAUCAGAUAUUAGUUUUGAUGAAUCUGAUAAAAGCUGUGAAGAUUUAGAUCGUUAUCGUGAACAGUAUUUAGCAGAAAUGGAAGAUUUUGAUAAUUUUUCACUGUAUGCGGGAAAUGAAAAUGAGACUGAAGAUUGUUUUUCAAAACAUGACGCGAAUAUAGUAGACGAAUUUGAACAAGAUGUCGGCAGAAGGAAUCCAGAAGUCCACGAUUGGAUACUAGUGCGAUUUACAACAAAAAAGUCAGUGAAGUAUUUUGUUGGGAACAUAAUUUCUGUUAAUGAAAAUAAUACACCCAACGUCAAAUUUUUGAGAAAAAUAAAGAAUAGUAGGUUUAUGUCUUUUCAUUACCCGGACGUGGAGGAUAUAUCCGAAAUUAAACAUUACGAUGAUAUUGUUAUGUUUCUUAAGAAGCCUGAUAUAUCUCGUAGAGGUCAUGUUACGUUUAAAGAAAAUUUUAAAAAUUACAAUAUCCAGUGA